UUUUGUGUGACGAUUUAUUUUUUGUGCUAUUCAAUGUACAUUUUGAAAUUGUGCUUUAUGGUUUAUGUAGUGUUUUAGUGUUAAGUGUAUUGAAUUGAACAAAGCUGUGCUUCGUGUUCCUGAUAUGCCAUUUUCUAGAAAUUGCGAGACAACAAAUUGGUAAUCGUGAUGUUCUAGAAAAAUUGGCGUUUUCAACAAAUGCAAGGACGCAAAGGAGUUCAAUUUCUUAAAAACGGCGGAGGAAUACCAGCUUAGCAUUGACAUUUUCAAUCUUCUUUAUCUUCUUUUUAAAAAUAUUAAAGCGACCCUCUGAGAAGUUUUAUAAAUAAAUAAAGCAAAGGAGCACUAAAAUAAGAGCGCCUUCGCAAUGCGAAGGUUAUACUUGUACCCGUAUCAGCUUCUACAUCACUAAACUUGCAGCAAGCAACAUGUGUACUCGAGUCCUCUUCGUAUUUUCUUUAGCGUUGACGAUAACCUGGGCAGAUCAAGCCUGGUCGUCGCUUCUGGAUCCGAUUGAAAAUCGCGACGAACCCUUCGACCAAGGCACUCUUCGUCGUAGACCUCAGAAAUCAGUGUUCAUAGUCCCGCAUCUAAGUCCACCUGCUUGUCCCAAUGGACAGAGAUUGGAUAGCUAUGGUAGAUGUGUUCACAUAGCAGAAAUCAAUCAAUCAUUGCAGUUGGAAUACCUUUUACAAAAAUUGAAUAAUCAGUAUUCUACGUCAGGCUCUACGGACGAUGGCGAUUAUGAGUAUGAUGAGGAAGAAAACGAAGAGGAUACUGGCAAACCGUAUCAAGUCGCUUUACCUUUACAAUCGCAUAAGUCACCAGAACAAUUUGUCACUUCGACGACUUCUGCGCCAACUAGUACAACGACGCAGGCUCCACUUCCAACAAAGCAAUCAAGUAUAGCUGCCAUUAUAGCUGCACCGACUAAUGGCAAAUUCGGAAAUGUAUAUUCCGAAACAUCUGAUCAGCUUGAGACAGAACUGGAAAAAUUGAAGAAGAAAGAAGAUUCAACGGUUUAUAAUGUGAAAUUCCAUUCGAAUCACGACAGUGGUGAUAUGGGAAAGUACGUAGUCACUGUUCAUCCUAUAGAACCAUCUUCGCCAGCGACCGAAACAUCGAAAGAAACCACGGAACCUGUGACAAUGCGGCCUCCAGAAACUACAUCGAAGAGGAGCGUGGAUAAGGUAAACCAUGAACAGCCGUUCUGGUGGGUGCCCCAGGGAUGGGAAGCCGAGCGAACCAGGGAGCGGCCACUUCUAUUGAGGUUUUGGGCCCGCAUGCCUCUGGUGAAGGACCCUGGCGCGGUGACAUUACCUGAAACCAUACCUGAGUCGGUUAUAAGAACGAGGACGAGUGGCCAGAGAGGAACUGGCAGGUUUCCCAGUGAACAAUAUUACCGUGAAGUGUCAGCGCACGAUUUGUACAACGUGCUCGGUGCCAAACAUUGGAGAAGGUUCCGUGCUACUGAUAGAUAGUUAAUUUAUUCUGAAAAUAAUUGAAAACUAAUUGUGUUUAGUUACUGUUUUUAAAUGACUCCAGGACAUAAAUGUGGUGAAUACCUACAUGACAAUAAUGUUUAAUUGAAAUAUUAUAUGUAUCAUAGUUUUAUAUGUAUCUGCAUUUUA